AAAAACUGGUCGAAAAUAAACUCGCCCGAAUAAUUCCGUCGUCGUCUCCCCCUCCCCAGUCUCCCCCACUUUCCCUUGGCUCGCCCCCAAAUCCUUAACCCUAGCGCGAGCCCGAGGGGCCCCGCCGCCAUGGGCGCCAGCCGGAAGCUGCAGGGAGAGAUCGACCGCGUCCUCAAGAAGGUCCAGGAAGGCGUCGACGUCUUCGAUAGCAUCUGGAAAAAGGUCUACGAUACCGAGAAUGCGAACCAGAAGGAGAAGUUCGAGGUGGACCUCAAGAAGGAGAUCAAGAAGCUGCAGCGGUACAGGGACCAGAUCAAGACGUGGAUCCAGUCCAGCGAGAUCAAGGAUAAGAAGGUUAGUGCCUCUUAUGAGCAGGCUCUUAUGGAUGCUCGGAAGCAGAUUGAACGAGAGAUGGAGCGAUUUAAGGUUUGUGAGAAAGAAACAAAAACCAAGGCCUUCUCAAAAGAAGGGUUAGGUCAGCAACCAAAAACUGAUCCCAAAGAGAAGGCCAAAGCUGAAACAAGAGACUGGCUUAACAAUGUGGUUAGUGAUUUGGAAAACCAGAUUGAUAACUUUGAAGCAGAGAUUGAAGGGCUUUCAAUUAAAAAGGGAAAACAAAGACCACCUCGAUUGGUACAUUUAGAGAAAUCUAUUACGCGGCAUAAAGCUCAUAUAAAGAAAUUAGAGUCAAUCUUGAGGCUUUUGGAUAACGACGAGUUGAGUCCUGAGCAAGUCAAUGAUGUUAGAGAUUUCCUGGAUGACUAUGUUGAACGUAACCAGGAAGACUUUGAUGAAUUCAGUGAUGUUGAGGACCUAUAUAGCACAUUGCCUAUGGAGAAGGUUGAAGCACUUGAAGACAUGGUCUCACUUGCUGCUUCCGGUCUUGUUAAGGGUGUUGCUUCUGUUUCGACUACUGCAGUUUUGAGCACAAAGAGUUCGGUUGCAACUUCACCCACUCAGACUACUGUACCAACAACUCCUUCAGAAGGUACAUCACAAGAUCAAGCAGAGGAGACAGCUUCACAAGAAAGCAAUCCUGAAUCUGCACCACAGACACCACCUUCAAAAGGUGGAAAUCUUGAACCUUCAGUGCCAGUUGUGCCCAUUGCUGUCAGUACUGGUACUGCGAUUGUUUCCGUUUCUGCAGAAACCAUUAGUUCCCCUGUACAGCCGACUGUUCCUACCACAGCAGCUGCAAUACUUUCUGCUUCUGCUACUGCACGAAGUGCUCCCGAGAGUACGCCUGCUUUUACCUCAGCUCCUGCAAACUUAUCUAGCACCUUGAAGGAUGAUGACAGCAUGAGCUUUCCUCCACGAAGACUGUCUCCUGCUGUUACCGAAAUUGGAAUUGGCAGGGGCAUAGCUCGAGGAAUAACUAGUCAGACAUUAGGUGCAGCUCCCAUAAGUAUAGGUCCUGCCCCAGGAAAUGGAUCGGUUAAUGCACUUCCUGCAAUAAAUGACUUCCCCAAAAGAAAUUUAUUGAAUGUUGAUGAGAGGAUUAACAGUGGUGGUCUUUCUCAGCAGUUGGUUUCGCCUCUUGGUAAUAAUGUUCAACCACAGCAAGUUCCAAGGACUAAUGAUGCAAUUAGCUCUGAGGCUGCUAAUACAAAUGAGAACACAAUUCUUGGAGGAAGAGUCUUUUCUCCUCCAGUUGUUUCCGGGGUUCAAUGGAGACCUCAAACCGCUGCUGCUUUUCAAAAUCAAAGUGAAACUAGCCAAUUUCGUGGAAGACCUGAGAUUUCUGCCGAUCAAAGGGAGAAAUACUUGCAAAGAUUGCAGCAAGUACAACAGCAAGGCGGCCUUCUUAACGUUUCUCAUAUAACCGGCAUAAAUCAGAAGCAAUUUCCGACACAGCAGCCAAAUCCCCUUCUACAACAGUUAAAUUCUCAGAAUUCCUCUAUAUCCUCCCAAGUGAGCCUUGGUCUUGGAGUUCAAGGACCAGAUGUUGGGCAUAUAAAAAGUGAAGAACAACAACAAAGUUUGGCUGAAGAUGUUGGCGUGGAAUCUGCUGCAAUAACUGGAGCAAAUAAACAGACCAAUGAAGAUGACACAAAUAUUCCAUAUUCGAAUCUGUCAGCAUCAACAGCCGAUAGCACCCAGCUAUCUAGAGACUCUGAUCUAUCACCUGGGCAGCCUCUGCAACCUGGAAUGUCAUCAUCUGGUGUCGGUGUUAUUGGCCGAAGAAGUGUAUCGGAUCUUGGUGCAAUCGGUGAUAACCUCACUGGAACUUCGGCAAGCUCUGGUCAUGAUCACAUUUAUAAUUUGCAAAUGCUCGAAGCUGCAUACCACAGGCUUCCACAACAGAAGGACUCGGAGCGUGCUAAAAAUUAUGUUCCGCGGCACCCUACAGUCACCCCUGCUAGUUACCCUCAAAUUCAGGCACCAAUUGUAUCAAAUCCUACAUUUUGGGAAAGAAUCGGUAGUGACACAUUAGCUACAGAUAUGCUGUUCUUUGCCUUCUACUAUCAACAGAACACAUACCAACAAUACUUGGCUGCUAGAGAACUAAAGAAGCAAUCUUGGAGAUUUCACAGGAGAUUCAAUACUUGGUUCCAACGGCAUGUGGAGCCGCAAGUUACGACUGAUGAGUAUGAGCGAGGAUCCUAUGUAUACUUUGAUUUCCAUGUCACCGAUGAUGGCUCAGGAUGGUGCCAAAGAAUCAAGAACGAUUUCACAUUUGAAUACAACUACCUUGAGGAUGAGCUGCCGGUACAGACAAACUAGUGCGCCAGACAGUAGGCCUAAUUGAACCAUUUUGUGUUCAUUGUUGGUCUUGUAAGUCUCGGAAGGGAGCUGUUUGAGCUCAUGUGAGUUCCAGUUGUAACCUUGUGGGUGAACCUGUGCAUUCCAUGUCUUAGCUUCUCAUGCACCGUAUUACAUCAUCAUGCCGAAGUUAGUUUCGGGUUACGUCGAAGUGUCAGUUUGUGUCACUCUGCUGUACAUGGUCCUUCUGAUAUGCAUGGCUUCAUUCUAAACUAUACGAAGCAUGUUAUGUCGUGUAAAUGGGCAUGUAUUCGGAAAUUCUUAUUUCGCCA